CAUCGCCCCCUUCUCGCCGCCUUGAAUUUGAUCCAAGCUUGUGCUUUGUAUCAUCGUUUGUCUUUUUAUGAUAUUCUUUCUUCAUGUUGAUUUGCUUGCUCGAAUUAAUAUUUUUUAGUUGACGAAAUUGGCAACAUUUAUUUAUGAUGGAGUUUCUCCCAGGAUCUAUACUUCUUUUUUUUCUCUUUUUUCUUUUGAAUCUUAAACCUAACCUGGCUAGAAGUACUUUUGGUUACUGCUCUCGUCAUGAACACUUAUGGUCAUCUCUCAAUGCUUGAAAUGGGUGAAAGUUCAGGCUACCUAUAUGGGACUCUUAUCAUUGUUUGAAAAACUAAAUUUACGUUUUGGCAUGCCUUACAUGCCUAAGACCACAUCAGCCCCUACAAUGGAGGCUAAAGAAUUCAAGGAAGUGGAACAAGUCAGUACAGUUCCCUUGGCUGGAGAUCACCAUGAGAUCGUUGGUGUGGACAAGGAUACAAGAGUCAGAAACGAUGAGACAGGAUCCUGCAAGUUUGGGAUGGAUUGCAAAUGUAAUCAUGCCUCAAGGGAGGAAAAUGUGGAAGGAAAGCUAGAGAAAGUUGUUUUAGGACAGAGAAGUCUUACAAAAUUAAAGGGUGACAGGAAACAAGGAAACAUUGCUUCCUCAGAAAAAUUUGGACAAAUGGAAUGUAAGUUUUAUUUAUCGCCUGGAGGUUGCAAAUCUGGUAAUGACUGUAGAUUCCGUCACAAUGUGCAGCUAAACUUCAUGGGAUUGCCAAUACGUCCGGGUGAGAAAAUGUGUCUGUUUUACAUGCGCACUGGCGGCUGCAAGUUUGCAGGCAGUUGUAGGUUUCAUCACCCAGAUCCUAUAGCUGUCGUUGGCGACUCUUUUCAAGAUCUUAACAUUGAUGUGCCUUCUCAGCAAAAUGGUCAAGUAGAACAAUUGUAUAAGACACCAAAGCCCUUAGGAAACACUUCAACUGAACAAACGGCCUUAUUAAGCCCUUUAACACCUAACCAGGGACUCCAGCAAAAUGAGCAUUGGAAUGGAAAUCAGAUUUCCUCAAGUCCAUUGCAUGCUCGAGAGAUGAAUAGAAAUGAAUUUAAUGGCGGUGUGAAGUCACAGCAAUUUGAUGAAUACCCUCAAAGGCCGGGUGAGCCUGAGUGUCAGUAUUUUACAAAAACUGGUUGCUGCAAGUUCAAAUCAUCAUGCCAAUAUCAUCAUCCAAAAUCAAAGUAUUGCGAUCCCAUAGAACAUUUGUGUGUGACACCAUUAUCUUUAGAAAACACUUUGGAGGAACAAACAGCCAUUUUAGGGCCGUCAUUGUCUUAUGUUCCAAACCUGUUUACGCCUAACCAGGGAUUCAAAUCAAACUCUCAAUGGAAUGAAAAUCAGGCUAUCAGAAGUCUAUUGCAUCCUCCAGACAUAAGAACAACUGAUAGACAGCAAGAAUUAUCUAUCAUGGAUGCUGCAUCUGAAUUCAGCGGUGGUGAGCCACAACAAUUUGAUGAAUACCCUCAAAGGCCCAGCGAACCUGAGUGCCAAUAUUUUAUGAAAACUGGAUACUGCAAGUUCAAAUCAGCUUGCCGAUAUCAUCAUCCAAAAUCAUAUCUUAGUUCCUGGAGACCUGCAAGCAACAAUAGUGUCCCUUUGCAACAAGAUGAUUCCAUAGAACAGUUGUGUGAGAUAACAUUACCGUCGGAAAACACUUCAAAUGAUCAAACAACAUUUUUAUGUCCAUCAUCAUCUAGUACUCCCGGUCAGGCGAAUGUGCAAUGGAAUGGUGAUCAGACUUCCCCAAGUCCAUUGCAUGCUAGAGAGAUGAAUAUAAAUGAAUUUAAAGGCGGCGUGCAGUCACAAGUUGAUGAAUACCCUCAAAGGCCUGGUGAGCCUGAGUGCCAGUUUUUUAUGAAAACUGGAUACUGCAAGUUCAAAUCAGCACGCCGAUAUCUUCCAAAAUUAAAGUGUAGAGGUCCUGUAGAACAAUUGGGUGGAACAUUAUUACCAUCAGAAAAUACUUCAGAGGAACAAGAAGCCGUUUUAGGCCUUUCAUCAUCUAAAGUUCCAGACCUGUUUACGCCUAACCAGGGAUUGGAGUCAAACGCACAAUGUAAUGAAAAUCAGACUGUCACAAGUCUAUUGCAUGCUCCGGACAUAAAAACAAUUGACCAACAGCAAGAAUUAGUUAGCAAGGAUGCUGCAUCUGAAUUCAGCGGUGGUGAGCCACAACAAUUUGAUGAAUACCCUCAAAGGCCCAGCGAACCUGAGUGCCAAUAUUUUAUGAAAACUGGAUACUGCAAGUUCAAAUCAGCUUGCCGAUAUCAUCAUCCGAAAUCAAAUCUUAGUUCCCUGAGCUUGUCACUUAGACCUGCAAGCAACAAUAGUGUCCCUUUUCGGCAAGAUGAUCCUGUAGAACAGUUGCGUGAGAUAACAUUACCUUUGGAAAACACUUCAAAUGAUCAGACGGCCUUUUUAUGUCCAUCAUCAUCUGAUGUUCCCAGUCAGGUGAACGUACAAUGGAAUGUUGAUCAGAUGGCCACAAGUCCAUUGAAUCCUCCGGAAAUAAAAAUGAAUUUAAAAGUUCAAGAAUUAGCCAACAAGGAUACUGCUCAUGAAUUUUAUGGCCGUGUGGAGUCGCAACAAAUUGAUGAGUACCCUCAAAGGCCUGGUGAACCAGAGUGCCAACAUUUUAUGAAAACUGGAUACUGCAAGUUCAAAUCUGCAUGCAGAUUUCAUCAUCCCAAAUCAAAUAUCUGUUUCCUGGCCCGGCCUCUGAAACCUGAUAAGCCCAGUUGUACACACUACAGCCGUGGAAAUUGCAAAUUUGGAUCUGCUUGUAGAUUCAAUCAUCAUAUAGAGCAUGGUUGAGCAUCCGCGGCACCGGCGGCCAUCGCAGAAUACGGCUCCCAUCGAUAUAGAGAUUCACCGAUUGAUUGAACGAGAAAUUAAUGCAUUAGUUUCUGCUUUUUUGCUUUGAAAACUCUAAUGAUUGAAGAUGAAUAUGCCCCUUUUUUGGUAAAUUGGUAAAUAUUUGACUUC